AUGGAGAUCACUACGGGAACCUCGGCUGUGAGAGACAUACGGAUAGAGCGUAUCGGACUCGGAUUAGAUGAUCGCCUGGAGCCGCGUGAUAGUUCACAGGGAAUGGUUGGACAAGGCAAAGCCAGAAAGGCUGCCGGUCUCAUCGUAAAGAUGGUUCAAGAUGGACGAAUAUCAGGCAAAGCCAUUCUCAUGGCAGGUCCUCCGAGUUCUGGAAAGACUGCCAUUGCCAUGGGAAUGGCGCAAAGUCUGGGAAAUGAUGUCCCUUUCACAAUGAUCGCUGCUAGCGAAGUGUUCUCGUUAUCCAUGUCAAAAACAGAGGCUUUAACUCAGGCGUUCCGCCGAAGUAUUGGCAUACGAAUCAAGGAGGAGACAGAGAUCAUUGAAGGAGAGAUUGCUACGAAAACUGGCAAGCUCACGAUUAAAACCACAGACAUGGCAACUGUAUAUGACCUUGGAUCCAAAAUGAUCGACUCCCUAGCCAAAGAGAAGAUUUUGGCGGGUGAUGUCGUGUCUAUCGACAAGUCUUCAGGAAGGAUCACCAAGUUGGGAAGAUCCUUCUCAAGAGCACGCGACUAUGACGCUACAGGUGCCGACACCAAAUUCGUUCCGACUCCGGAAAAGGAGGUUCAGAAGAGAAAAGAAGUUGUCCAUACCGUCUCGCUACACGAAAUAGAUGUCAUCAACAGCCGAACACAAGGUUUCUUGGCUCUGUUUGCAGGAGAUACAGGAGAAAUCAAGCCCGAGCUAAGGGAGCAGAUCAAUAACAAAAUUGGCGAAUGGAAGGAAGAAGGCAAGGCGGAAAUCGUACCGGGAGUGCUCUUUAUUGAUGAAGUUCACAUGCUCGAUAUCGAAUGUUUCUCCUUCCUCAACCGUGCUCUCGAAGACGAGCUUGCCCCACUAGUCAUUAUGGCGUCCAAUCGGGGGAUGGCUACCAUCCGUGGAACCACAUUCCGUUCCCCCCACGGUCUACCUGUAGAUUUACUGGAUCGUGUCCUCAUCAUCUCGACACAACCGUACACAGCAGCUGACAUGGAGCAAAUCAUCAAGAUACGAUGCCAGGAAGAAGAUGUAGAGCUAUCAGCGGACGCUUUAACAGCAUUAGCUACGCUGGCUACUCAAACCACCCUACGAUAUGCCCUCAACCUAAUCAGUACCGCCCAAGUCAUCGCCCGAAAGAGGAAGAGCGCCAUCGUAGAUACAGAGGACGUGAGAAAGUGCUACGCGUACUUCCUCGAUGAAAAGAGAAGCACACAGUGGCUAAAAGAACAACAAGGUUCUCUUGUAUUUGACUCCACGUAUGAUCCUGAUGUUACAAUGGCAACGGCCUAG